AGUGGCGAGUAGUGGCGGACGGGUCCAUUUUUCCGACCACAACUGUGACCGGCCAGUGGCCAGCGAUAAAAACCGUUUUUUCAAAUGGCAGCAUAAGUAUGAGCCACUUUAGUUGCCGCCACCUUGCCACCCGCGUCACAGUCUGCUAUUCCUUCAGUGAGCGAUGAGAGUGGAAGACAUGCUGAAAUUGCUUGAGCUUUGGGAAGUAUUGAUUGCAGAGAUCGAGACAAGACCAGGAAUCUGUGACAUCCAGGUGUGGGAAUACAUGGAUAAGAGUAUUAAAGAAAAAUUGUGGCCAGAGGUGUGUGAGGCUGUGGUCACCGACUGGAGUAAUCUUUCGCCUGAAGAAAGAAAUGAGAAAGAAAUGAGUAAGAAAUUGCAGUGGAAGUUGACAGAAAAUGGAGUGCUUGCCCUCUAUGAACAGCAUUUCAAGAAGGAGGUCAGAGUUCAAGUGAUCUUCAAGACCCACAUUGAGUCCACCUGUUACCUGCGAGUAUCUGACGGCCAGCACCUCUCACCUCUUGUUCUUAUAUUGAAUGAACAUGUGCGCACCAAAUUCAGCGUUGGGGCAAUCAUUAUUAUCAAGGAGAGACAACUGGUUCCCUUCGAUGAGUAUGUUGAUGAGCCUCAGUGGUUCAUGAAUGACUAUGGCAUGCACCACCUUUAUAUUGAAAACUACACCCUGUUGGCCAAUCACACUGACGUUCCACAAGUCCUGGGUUCUCUCCGCGAUAAGAGUGACUACCGUGACAAUAUGAAAACUGUGCUGUCUGUUUUGACCACGUGGAUUCCUGAGGACGAACAGCUGACAUGGGAAUUUAGCUCAAAUGAAAGCCUUUUGAGGCAGCAGGAGGAAAGAGACCGUUUAAGAGAACAAGGCAAUACCUUUUUCAAACAAAAUGACUUCAACAGGGCUAUUGACUUCUAUAAUGUGGCUAAGGUUGAGGAUCCCUAUGACUGUCGGGUGUGGUCCAACUGCAGUCAUGCUUACUUCAAGCUGAAGGAUUAUUUGCUGGCAGAGGUGCACGCCAUCGUGGCAAUGAAGCUCAACCCAUUCUAUGAAAAGGCCUAUUACCGAGCAGGACAAGCAGCAAUCAAGCAGAGGCAUUGGUGGGAGGGGGAGGAGUAUGCUAAGUGUGGUAUCUUUAUCUGUGGCGAGACCAAGGAACUGCGGCAGAUCCUGGACGACGCAGCAAGGAUCCCCCUCAACGACAGUGGUAUAUUAGGCUCCCUCAUCUCAGACAGCAUCGAUGGCUAUGUAAGGGACCAAGCCAAGACCUUCAUCCACAGCGCCUUGGAAUCCUUGGACUUAAAACCAAAUAACCCAAAAAGCCGUGGUAUUGUCAGGGAGAUACAAGAACAAAUCUCGAAGAAGAAACACUCUGAAUUAAGAGGUGCUUUUGUAAAGGAACAUAAGAAGGAAACCAAGAAGCCUAACAAAAAAAAUAAAAAGUCUGGUGAGGAUAUGGCAGCAACAGCAGCUGGUGCAACAGCAUCAGCAGCAGCAACAUCAACAACAUCAGCAGGCUCUAAAGAACAGAAGAGUAAGGGUGAGGAGGAGAAAAAACAUGUCCAGGAUAAAAAAGAAGAAAAAAAUAAGAAAUCAGUAAUUAAUAUUGAAGAAACUUUACAAGAAGGACAAAGGUUAUAUCAAUCUGAACAGUUUCACAAAGCAAUUGAAAUGUAUAGCAAAUGUUUAGCUUCCAAUGGUCUGACAGAUACCAGGGCUACUGUGAAGCUCAGUGAGCCUUACAACGUGCAGGUGGUCCAGCUUGUUAUAGGUGUGUGCAAGGUGCAGUCCACUCGAGGGUAUAUAUUUGAGGGCUUGGAGAUUAUGCAGACCCUCCUGGGGCCGAGCAGCAAGUUCUCCCACAAGCCAGCCUGCCGCUACUGGCUGGCUGUCUCCUUUGAAAAAAUAUGCUGUUUUAAAUUGUCCCAAAAGCAUGCCCAGUUAUGUAAAGAUGCCCUAAAGAAAUCCAAAAACAUCAAGCCUAUCAAGUGGCCCGCUACAGAACAGCUCAUUAAUUGGACACGCUGUGAUGUAUUAGAGACUGAAUGUAAUUUACUGUUGGAGAAGCUUUCCUCAUCUAGACCUUCCCCUAAGGCCAAAUGUCGCUACAAAAACUGUAUUACAACCCAAGGCAUUCCUUACGCCAAAGACGAGAUUUAUUUGACGGACCCAGACUUCAAAGGGUAUUUAAAUGUAAUAUGUGAGGAGGACUGUACUGUGAGUUACCACCCAUGCUGCUGGAAGGCUUUUAAGGAGCAGCAUGAUGGCAGCGUCAACAGAAUGUCCGACAAGGACUUUUUAGGUGAGUUGUGUGUGACCCCAGACUGUACAGGCAAGAUUUCCAGCAUUCAAAUUUAUGAUGAUGAGGGUCGCAUGAAGAAUGAAUUGGCAAAAGACAAGAAGGACAGGAAACACAUGGCAGCUCCUGUUAAGCAGAAGAAGAAAAAGGACAAGAAGAAAGAAAAACCACAGUCACACAAGAAGCGGACCAGGGUGGAGAGUGUGUGUGAGGAUCUGGCCACCAAUGACGAUACAUCACCUACCGCUGCAGAGAGUUCUAGUAUUCAAAAUGCACACACCAACAGUAAUAAUAAUAGUAGCAGCAAUAAUAAUGACAAGCACAAGUCCUCUCAAAAGCCCCAGCUACCCAUUGACCCUGAGAGCCUGGAGAAAGCCCAAGUCACCAUUCUCAAGCCUGGAGCAGAGACCGAGGAAGUGUCACCCACUAAGUCCACCAAGAAGAACAAGAAAAAGAAGGUCAAAAAGCCUGUUAAUCAGCCAAACCUUCUUGGAGACCCUCUUGAGGCUGAUUUAUGUGUCCAGAGUGAAUACAUUGCCCGUUUGCGAAUGUUACGUCAGCAGAGGGAUGCCCUGGAGGCUGGCGAAUGCCCUAACCUUAUCAAACCCAUCAACGUUACCACUGACACCCAAAAACCCGUUGUCCUGCUGGAUCCUGACAAUCCUUUCUACCUCCCCCAACACCUGCGAGACAACCCUGAGGAGCUGGAGAGAGUGCUGCAGGAGAAGCUCACCACCAGCUCACCACCGGGCCUGCAGCAGGAGACCAUCAAUACCCUUCUGGAUUUCAUGUACGACUGGCUGAAGGCUGAGGGUCCCAUGCGCACCAGUGACCCAAGACUGGCUGAACAGGUGGCUGAAAACUUCCCACAAGAGGCUCGAGACUAUGUGAUACAGUGUAGAGGCAUCACCGGUCUUCUCAUGCAGUCCCUUAAGUUUGCCAUGAUUGACAAUAUUGUAUGUGUCCAUGAUGAUGUAAUGAAGGCCCAGGAGAUGAUGUGCCAGGAGGUGAUGGAGAAGAUGAACCAAUCCAAGUAUCUGGUUCGGUACAGCGAUGGACAAAAGGCAAAACGAUUCACACACCUCCUGGACGACACCAAGAGUACCUGCUCAACCACCUCCUCUUCAUCCCAACGUGCCGUCUCAGUGGCAGAAUCAACUAUGUCCAGAGACUCGGCAGGCACCAGAAGGCACACCAGCCGCUCCAGAAAUGAUGACCCCAACAACAACGACGAUAGUGAGACCAUUGCAUCUCUUGCUCCUCUCUCCAAAACUAUCGUGGAUCAGUUUCAUAAAUUUGCUGAUGGUGUCCUGAACCCAGCUGCCCCAGAAUUUGAGCCUCACAUCAGCAACAGUGAGGUGAAGUCUGAGGAUGAUGAUGAUGAUGAUGAUGAUGAGGAGGAGGAAGACGAGGAGGAAGAUGAUGAAGGAAAUGGGCAAUAUAAAAGAAAGCUGUUUGAUAGUGAAGACAAUAGAGGACAAUGGAAUAAAGGAGACACUGAAUACAUAGAGAACUGGGCAGCACAAGCCGGGGAAAAGGCUGCCAUGAUGCUCACUGAUGAAGACGAAGAUGUUGAACUGGGAGAGGAUGAGGAGGAGGAAAAGGAGGUGGAGGAGGUAGAGGAAGAAGAUGAGGAGAGGGAAGCUGUGCCAGAAGGAGGAGAGGAAGAGAGGAUAGAAUCCAUCCAGGAUGAGGAAUACUUUGAAGCAACAGAGGAAUACAUCAGUCAGCUACUGGAAGAGAAAGAGAAGCUGGCAGACAACCUUCAGAAUGAGCAGGAGCAGAACCAAGUGUUGAGUGACAAGCUGUACCAGGUGAAGUCACAGUACAAGAGUGAAGUCAUGAAGCUCAAAGAACAGCUGGAAGAACUUAAGGAUCAAAACAAAGAGCUCACCACAGAGAAGAAUGCCAUCACGUUGCAAAAAGAGGCAGAAGCGAAGAAGUUCAAGGCUGAUCAAUCUCGAAUGAAUGAGGAGACCAAGGCCACUGGGAGCCGUCUACAGUCCAUCGAGCGGAAGAUUGAGCGUAUGAUAGACCACAACAAUGAACUACAAGCCAAACUAGUGGAGGAAACAGAGUUGAACACGCAGCUGAAGGAGGAACUAGAGAAGAUGAAGAACUUGCAGGAAUCCCUCACUAGCUGCUCUCGUCGGGCCCGUGAGGCGGAGGUCAAGUACUUGUCCACAAAGAAGGACCUAGUGGAUGCCAACAUGACCGAGACCAUCUCUCGGCUGACAGAGGAGGCCACUGCCAUGAGACAGCUGCUGCCGGGAGCCAUGGAGGACAGUGCGCUGGACCGAACCACACUCGCUCGCUCCAUUGUGGCGUGGGACGAGGCCAUCAAGAACCUUUGUGAGCAGCAGAGGAUAUUCAGAGAAGAGGGCGUCCGCUUACUGGGGAUGAUUCAUCAAGGGCGACCCCUCAGUGCCCUGCCUGUUGGGGACCUUGCUGUUCCCUCCAUCCCGACCCUGAGUGUUGCUCCAUUGCUCAGUCGCUUCCAGAAAAACCACCACAGACCUUCACCUACAUUUGCUGUCCCUGAAGUAUUAUCCAUGGACCUGCCUAGACACUCCAGCCCAGGUCCGCAGGGUCCACCACUGCUGUCUGGAACCACCCAACCACAACCACAACCACCCAUGGCUGACCUUUCAUGUAAAGUGCCUCUCAUACCCAACCCUCCAGCCUUCCUUCUGCCGGGGCCAUUCAACGGACACCCCUUGUUAAUGCAGAAUGGUGGCCUUCCUCCUAACCAUGCCAGUGGUGCCAUACCGAAGGGUGCCACCAGUGCCCCGCCAGGAAUCCAACAUCCCAAGACUGCAGAAAUGCCAUGCCAGACCCAACCGACAGAGUCACCCGGCCAGCUGUUUGUUGGCCAGCUGCCCUGGGACUACUCUGAGGCAGACGUCAAGAACCUGUUCAGUCAGUUUGGUGAGGUGGUGUCCGUGAAUAUUUUUGAUAAAGGCUGUAAUGCAGACGGCAGGCCAGUCCCUAAAUAUGGAUUUAUCACAUUCCGUAAUGUGGACGACUGCAAUAAGGCUCUCUCUGCGCGGCCCAUAUAUGUACGUAAUCAUAUGCUCAAUGUGCAAGCCAAAGAAGCUAAAAAGCCCACAAAACCAGCAAGUGUGCCAGCAGCAGGUGGAGGAGGAGGAGUAGUGGGAGGAGGAGCAGGAGUAGGAGGGGCCGGAGGAGGAGGAGGUCUAACCGGCAUCAUUAACGAGCUGGACGCCACUAACGGCACAAAGUUGUCAGCAUACGGACUGACAGGCAUCACAGUGGAGGCCAACAAGUCAGCUGCCCUCCACCACCACACACUGCCCACAUCACCUACACUACACCACCACCAACCUCCUCCUCCUCCCACCUCACAGUCUGUUACCAAACCCAAGUUUCAGGCUGUGAUCAAGCUGAGGGAAGGAUUAGCUGAGUGCCAGUCAGGGACAACACAUGCAAAGCUUCUCCCCACCAACAACACUGUGGGAGGCAUUGUUGCUCCUCCCCCCAAACUGGUCCGUCCUCAGCCCAAGACUGUGCCCAAUGCAUCAAAGCUAGGAGGCCAAGCUAGUGCUUCCAAGGAGGAAAUGGUGAUGCCCUCGAAGCCUUCAUACACCAGGCUUAUUGAAAUUUGCAAACAGCACUUUGGAAAGGAAUUUAGCUCGCCAGACAUCUGCAUUGCGUUGAAAGUGGUUCGUGCCCAGAACAACAACAGCCUGUCAGGGUUAAAUACCGAGAAGAUUGUGGAGCGUGUGAGGCAGCAUCUGCGUUCCCGUCGACCCAGUGCAGGGGCAGCCACUGUGGCACCAUGGGCCGGCCUCACCCAAGGGGUGGGAGUCAAGACCGAACCAGAGUGGCAAGGUCCCAGCAAGGAGGAGGUAGUGAAAGAGGAACAGUGUUCCAUUUGCCUUGAGCCUCUCAAUACCAGCCCCAACCAGACUCUGGCGUGCUUCCACACCUUCCAUGCUCUCUGCAUCAAUGACUGGAUCAAGAUACAGUCCAAUUGUCCAAACUGCCGCAAGUUUGCUCUCAUGCCUGACGAGUACCCAACCCUCUCCCAUAAUUAAGGUGUCGGUGCUGCGGACCUUACUCUCUCUGUAAGAAGUUUUACUUAAUAUUUUCUUUGGUAUGUUUCUCACUUGGAGUAAACCAUGGUUUAUUUCAUAGAAGAAGUAAUGGCAUAAAUUUUUCAAUUUUGCUUUAUUUCUCAGCUGGAGUAGAACGUGUUGUUUAUUCCACAAGAGAUAAUGCUAAGUAUUUAUUUUUUAUUUGCUUGUGUAAGAAGCAAUAAUUAGUAUUAAGAGCACACUUGAAGUAAGAAACUGCUCGAAGACAUAUUAAUAAUUAAACUUUACAAUUUUCAAUUGCUGUGAAAUAUGAUUUUUGCAAAUUACAUCAUAAUGUGCCUUAUUAGAAGUUUAUAUUUUUUCUAUGUAGCAAUAACAUUUCUUUAGUUUUAUAUAACUUUAUCUACAUUUUCAAUGUACUACCAAUUGAAUAAAAUGUGAUUUUUCAUAUUUAUAA